AUGUCAAAUAUUGUACACAGUCUAGAGGGGCUGGUAGAAGCUGGCGUCAAAGGGAUAAUGGAUGUUCUAAGUCCCACAUCAAGUAACGGCGAACUUCCACCAGUCCAAGAUGGAGAAGUUCCACCUCCUAGACCUUUGACUAUACCCACAACAACAACAACAGGGGCAGUGACAACCACACCCGGUGGACAAUCAUCAUUAACUGGUAGUAAAUUGAAUUUACCCAAACAGGAUCAGCUCGUUCAGGUGUUGGACGUACCAUCCGGAUGGAUCCAUCUACAGUCUACUUACCUCGAUGGGAAUCUUGGUCAGAAGACGGUCAGAUCGUUUAGUAUUAGGAAUUUAGUGGGUGAUAAGGAGGUGGAGAUUGAGUUGGAAAGUGAUUUGGAGGGACAGUUGGUAUUUUGGUUCGGAGAGGAAGAAAGGGGCACCAGCUCAUCCGCAUCAUCCACCUCAUCCUCCUCGACUAGUGCCGGCUCUCCCUCUUUACACAUCACCUUACCUCCCUCAACAACCAUCACCAUCUUCUUCGCUUUCCAGCCGACUCACAGCGUCCCAUCUACUCCCGCGAAUGACUCUGCCCCUCUUUUCGACGACGGCGGCUAUACACCUCGUGUCAAGCCCGUCCUAUCUCGCACUCACUCUUCCGAGAUGUCACCUGUCGGGGUCGGUUCACCAAGUGAUGGACGUUCUUCCGAACUUAGCUCAGUAUCCGGCGGAUCAGUCGCUGGAAGUAUGAAAAGUGCUUAUAAUUCUCGUCGACCUGAACCUGUCCAUCGGGCGUUCUCCGUGCAUGGAUCUAUCACUAUUCGGGCUAUCACAUCUUCCUCUUCCCUCUCCACACUCGACCUUCCCCCUGCUCAACCUAACGUCGCCCAUCAGAUCGUCAGCGUACCCUUCUUCGCUACUGUUUGUCGAUCACUGUUCACCGCUGCUCCCAUCGACCCUAUACAGGGUCUAGUCACCGGCUCCCAGGUAUCCUCAGGGGAAUUGGUGAUCGACUUCGGUACCAACGCGGUAGUCGGCGGUCGAUAUCAUCGAGAUAUCCUAUUAGUCAAUCGAUCCGAGAUCGAACUGGUCUGGAAAACAACGGUAGUUUCAUCCCCAUACAAAGAAGCGGUAUGGUUCGAGUUACGUGAUCUAGAUUCGGAAAAUGUCUUUGGCGUAGUAGAUGUUGAUCAUUCCUCUCAACCUGUCCCCUUGCCCUCAUUAUCAUCCAGACAUCUCAGAUUGGAGAUGAGAGCUAAAGCCGUUAUUCAAGAUUUCGACUUUACCUUUUUGAUUUCCAACAUCAACCAGUCAGGAAAUGUCAUCUCGUGCAAAGCGAUCGGAACAGUCUUACCUGAGAAACUGGAUGAUUCGUUGAUUCUCUUGAGUGGGACGAAUAUAGAUUUCGGUCAAGUGAUUGAUGGUAUCUGGUCGAAACAAUUAAUAACAUGUAAGAAUAAUGGAGAUAAACCUAUAGAUGUGAAAUUCUCUGCUACGAAAGGAUAUAAUGUGGUUUUCAGAUUGGCUGGAGUAGCAGGUGAAGAUCUGGAUGAAGAUUUAUCUAUCGCCUUGGAUAGACCUAGAACAAUCUCAAAUGCCACGUCGAGUACGAAAUGGACUCAGGAUGUAGGAUCGGGUCUAUCGAGAGCUUCAACGAAAGAUGGGAGAGGAAGGGAUUUGAUGCAGCAGCAACAGCAACAGUUGAGAGAUCCAAGAGCUGAAUCGCCUUUUUCAUCUACCGGACAACAAAGUCAGAAAUCGAGACCUACCUCUUCGAUAAUCAGUUCAGAGAUGUUCAACGCCUACUCUGUCCCAGGUGAUUUCGGUAGACCGUGGUCCAACAUCCCUCAGAAUAUAGAUGUGGACUCGAAUCCGACUUCUGGCUCAGCUUCGGGUUUUGUCGAACAUGAUCAAGCUUCUAUCCCGUCCAGGGAAUUGAACGGUCAAAGAGACCAUUCCCAACCUCCCUCCAGACCAUUAUCAAGAGUCACAAGUAGAACCUCGAGUUAUCUCCUGCACACCGCUGGCGAUGAGCUAGAUAGCGAAUCGAUAGAAGAUGAUGAAGAUGAUUUCGAACCUCCUUUCUUUGGUGGUGGGGAGAAUACCAACAACGUGUCUAGAUCGACUUCAUCCAGCAUCGGUAUCGGUACGAGUCGCGCCCUGGGUAAUAUGAUUUCGACUGAGCAGAAUAUCCCUAAUCAGAUUGAAGAAAUGACGAUGAGACCCGGUACAGAGUACAGAGUGUAUGUCUUACAUCGACCUGAGAUUGACGAUAAGAACCCACCGGAGAUAGCAGGCAAAUUGAGAAAAUCGAAUUUCAAAGUUUACUUGGAUACGGUGUCGGGUCCACAACAGCAUCAUUCAAGAUCCACCAGUGGGAAUAGCUCAAGUAAUAACACGAACAACUCAAAUAAUAUGAAUAAAGAUUUGAACAUGACUAGUAGUAUUAUCAGUGCAAACAUUACUACUUCAUCUACUCCUACAGGUUCAGGAACCUCGGAUAAUGCUCGAAGAAUAACGAUCAGUUGUUCUGUCGAACAUUGUACUUCCCUCAUAUCAUUACCUGAAGGUAAGGUAUUAGAUUUCGGUAAAGUCACCGUCGGAUCUUCUCAAACGAAACAAUUGAAAAUUCGGAAUUUAUCUGAAUUAUCCACCAAGAUUGAGAUUGCCGCUAUUUCAAAAGUGAUUAGUCUAUCUUCCAACAAAAACAUCAUUGUUAUACCUCCUUUAGAAGAGGUCGAAGAGAAAUUAGAGUUUUUCCCCAGAAGGAUUAACGAGAAUUAUGAGAAGGAAUGUUUCGUAAGGAAUUUAUUGAAUAGGAGGAAUGAUCAGGUCUUAGAGAUUAGAUCGCAGAAUGUUGAUGUCUAUAACCUCACUUUACAUUCACAUUUGUAUCGAAUCCUCACUCCUUCCGGCAGCAACUUCCUCGAUUUCGGUAAUGUCGUGAUUAACGCACCGACCGUACGAACGAUGCAUAUUGAAAAUCUCUCAGAUACCCAGCUCGUCCUUGAUCUUUACGCAUCUCAACCUGAAGAUAUAGGUUUGUAUGUAAAAGCGGAAGAUGAACCUCCUAUGCCAGGUAAAACCAGAGGCCCACCGGGUAGAUAUUCUGAAGUUGAUACUGCGCUGGAGAGAAUGACUUCGCCACCUAAUGGAGAACUCAAAGAGAGGUUCAUGGAGACUUUACAAGAGCUCAGCGAGAAGAACGCCAAUGGUGGAAGUGCUAAUCGGUCGAAGAGUAAAGUCAGGGAGAAGAGCGUGGGCAAAGCGAAGAAGGAGGAGGUAGAGAAAGAUGGCAAGAGUGUGGGACAACAGGUUGCUGUGGCGUUAAAGAAAGGUGGAAGAGGAAGACCUGUUCAGCUUUAUGGCAAUUCUGUCGUGUUCAAAGAUCGUACUCUGCUUGAACCUCACGAAUACCUUGAUUUGGCGAGUGGACCACCAGUAUGUGCGCAUCGAUCCCCUCGGGCUAAACGAUUCGCUCUUCUGGACACCAUCGAGCUGGAAGAUAGGACGAAACUGUCCGGCCGACAUGACAAGAUACCGAAACUGGACUUUGCGGCAGUUGCUAAAGCUUCUGGACUAGUCGGUAAAGAUGCCAAGACGAAGAAGAAACAUCCUCAUCACCAUCAUCACCAUCAUCAUGGGCAUGGUAACGCACAGAGCACCGUCCCAUCCGAGAUACCCUCGACAAUGCAGUCUCCCUGUCAAUCUGGUGAUACCUCUGCUCUUACUUCCCCUAAACCUCAACCCAUCACAGUCCCUCAAACGCACGAUCCCUCACCAGUCUCGGUACCUCCCACUACUCAGAGACCGGAAAUGCACCUCAACCUCGCGACGUUAGCUUCUCAAGUGAUGCAGCGGAUUAUCCCUGAAACGGGAGGACGCAAAUCACCUGCUCUUACAGCUAAACGACCAAUUGAUAUGAAAUUGACUGAAGUCACGUCUGGCGCUCCGACCGAUCCUUCCAAGAUGACUGUAGAUGAACUGCUCCUUGCGAUAGAACGACAUGAUUCCCUCAAAUCGUCCAUCACCCAUUCAUCAUUGGAAGAGGAAGAAGCGUAUGUCCGAAGAACCAUAGCGUUGAAGAAGGAAUUACAAAACGUCAUUUCCUCUGGUAAAUUAGUUCCCGCUCGAACGGUCAAUGUCGGUUCGAAGAAGACCAAAGCAGUGAUAGUGGUGAUGACACCCAAUGGGUCUACUCGACCGCACGUGGGGGUUCGAGCGAAACGAGCUGAUUCAAGAAUAUUCAUCAAGCUUGUUGAAUUUGAUAAAUCCCUACUAAACGAAGCUGGACGCGGAACUUGUAACGUCACGGACCAACAUGGCAAGAUGGAUGAUAAACUCAUAGAGAAGAUUACUGCGGAAUUACCCAUCAGAGAUCUGAUCAUUCGAAGUUCCUGCGUGAGGAGCGUACUGGAAGUUCAACAGAGUAGUAUCAAUUUCGGCGGAUGUGAUAAAGGUGAAAUCAAAGAGAAGACUAUUGUCAUUCACAAUAAAUCAGAUACCAUUGGGUUAUUCCGUCUGCGUACUUCUGGAUCGAUCGCUUCGGGUGAUCUGAAAUUGGGUUUAGGUCGAUAUGGAGUGAUAUCUGCUUUCGGCAGGAAAGAAGUCAAGAAUUUCUCAUUCACCCCUUCGCUAGUGGGGAAUUAUCAAGAGAUGAUUACGGUUGAGAAUGUUUUAGAUGGAUAUAACGAUCAGAAUUUGUCGGUCAAAGCGGUAGUAAGGAAAAUACCGGCUUUUAAAGUUGAACCGGAUAAUCUAGAUUUUGGAAUUGUCAAUUUGACCAACGUCCAUUUGAAACAAGGUAAUAAGUCGACUUCUUCUACUACUCAACAAUCAUUCAUCUUGACGAAUAUAUCAAAACAUGAAAGAACAUUUGUGAUCACCAUCGAACCGAAAGUUUCUUCGUCGUUGGCUUUCGCUCAGAUCAACUUGACCCAAAAUGAGAAAGACGUAGGAUUGGCAUUAUCAAAAGUCGAAGAAGAAGAGGUAGAAGCGAUAUUACAGAAAUUGAAAAUUGCCAAAAGGAAGAAGAAACAAGAGAAAAUUGAGAAAUACGAAAAGAGAUUGAUGGAAUUGGGUAUAGGUAUGAAAGAUCUGAAGAGCGAUGAGGAGGAUGGUGAGGAUGGACUUCCUCCCGCUGAAGCUGAGAUUGAAGGUGAAGGUGAAAAGAAGGAAAAGAAAGGCAAGAAAGAUAAGGUUAAGCAGCAGAAGGAAGAACAGCCACAACCUCCAAUAUCGGGUAGAGAAGUUCCCACUGCAGGUGUCAAAGAUGCUUCAUACGAUCACCCUGCCAAUCCCAAUGCCCUCACCACAUCGCUCAGCUUGACGCUUGCACCAAACCAGAAGACCAAGAUACUCGUGGAUCUGAUGCCACAAUCGCAAAAUACCGUCGGAGAUAACGAUAAUGCGAGUGGAGGUGACUCAUUCGAUGAUGUCAAAGCUACCAUCACCGUACAUGACAAACGAAACACAGAUGAAACUAUCGCUAUAUCUGUAUCAGCCAUCAGAGGCACACCGGAGAACACACACAAGGAAACGUUGGAAAAAGCUGUCAAGAUGGCUGAUAGAGCGAGGAACACUACUACGGACCCCCUCGCUCUCGCAUUGAUGCAACAUUCCCUUGACCUCACGUUGAAUUGCGAAGUAUCCCCUACGGCAUUCUGCGUCGGAUCGACCUUGUUCUUACCGUCAUCAUCAUCCCAUUAUCCGUCGUUGGAACCGACAGGCAAAUUCGAUUUGUUCCCUACUGGACCUGAAGGAGCUGGACAGUCAAAAGGAUUGAUACUGGGAGAUGGAUGGAGUAGACAGAUACCUGGGAAUACCCAUGCUGAAGCCAACGCCUUGACUAAUUUUAGAACAAAGUAUGGUGAAUUACAAGCUUCUUUCGGUGGAUGGGGAUCUUCUUCUAGCACUUCUACAGCCCCCGAUAAAGAGGAUAGGAAAUCGACGUUACCAAGUAUAGAAGAGGUCCUGAAAGAUGCGGAUUGUUAUGCUACGAUGGAACCUUGUUCGAUCAGGACUUCCGGAGGGCCAAGUUGUGCGUUGGAAUUGGUUAGAGCUGGGGUGAAGGCUGUUUAUCUGGGAGUCGAAGAACCACCAGAUUUCGUGCAAUGCGAAGGUGUCCGAAUACUAGAGGACGGAGGAGUCAAAGUGAUACGUACGAGUGGAUUAGAAGAAGCAUGUUUGAAAGCUGCUAGAAGAGGGAGGAAUUGA